AUGUCGGCGGUUCACGACGACGACACGGAUUACUCUGACCUCGACGAAGAGGCACCCUCAGCCGCGCCAGCCUCGCGACACCCCUCCGGACCAAAAAACCGAGAACGAUUGAGCGAAAGAACACCACUAUUGAGCACUUCACCACCUCCCCCAGCCUAUGCCGACGUGACAAGAUUGUACGGCACUCCACCAUAUGUCGCUCGGAACGAAUCGAGUAGUUUUCAGCCAGACCAAGCACGCUAUCAAGAUGCGACUACAUCGGCUCAUACGCCAACAGAGGAGCCACAGAGUAUGGGCGAUCCAGGACGUGAUCCCGAGGAUGGAAAGAAAUUGACCAAAAGACGCAACAUUUUGACAAACCGAAAGGCGCUUGCAUGCCUAGUCCUCGUUCUUGCGUGUUCUCUGAUCGGGCUAGUGACUGUAACGACAAUCAAGCACGAUAAAAGCCAGGAUUCAUGGUCAGGCACUGACGCGCUGCAUAGAGUAACGGAAACAACAGCGCUUCCCCCUGCUGACGGAUUCCCUCAUUACUGGAGAUGUAAUUACGGACAUGUCAGCGACCCCUCGACUUUCUCUUUCGAGUUCCCGCGUAGCUUCAGCUUUGUCGAAAUCACUGAAGGAGCACACAAUCCUUCUGGCGAUGUUAGUGGCCAGGUUCGAGUCUCGCUUGGAGAAGCGGACCAGAAAGAUCCUCUGAUGGUGGAGUUGCGAGUCGCAAAAUCAGCAGCCGCUCAGAACUCACACUUCCAGGUUGAUUAUACGGGCGAGAGCCUACGCUUGAAUGUACCUGCCUCCUCACCAAGCUAUGAAAGAGCUUGCAUGGAGAUUGACUUGAAUAUCUGGAUCAGACCGGGAACCCAGCUCGAGCACUUGGAAAUUGCAACCGAGCAUCUUGACAUCAGAAUCGAACCUGGUCUAUUUCCACCAUCCCUCGAAACCCCGCCAUCUGGCCAAGGCAGUGCAUAUUAUAUCAGUAACAGUACCGAUUUUAUUACGGUCGCGGGGUCUCUGUCCGCCGCAUACUGGGAAAGUGGCCGAGAAACUCGUAUAGACACUGUUUCAGGAAGCAUCAGCGGCCGCUUUGCUUUAAAGGAUGUCCUAUCAGUCAAAACAGUUUCGGGCAAUGUCAACAUAGACGUCGAACCAAAAGCAGAGAGCCCAACCGACCCUCGGCCUGCUUCAUUUUCUGCAGUCACUACCUCUGGAAGCAUCAAGGCCGUUUUCCCUAUGUCUGACACGAUUGCAGAGAUCCCACCACGUUUGUACCACACAAAGGUUGAUAGUAGAAGUGGAUCAGUGCGUGGAAACUACAUCCAUGGCAUUAACACUGAUAUUACCACCUCCAGCGGGUCCAUCGAUGUCAAUGUUUUACCAUACUCGACGAACAGCACUGGAAGUUGGCUGCGCACAGAGUCUGCUGUGGGAGGAAUUCAUGUCAACGUACUGCCAUCCUAUGAGGACCCACACCAUGUGAUGGGGUACCUAAGAAGUAUUCACAAGACCAAGUCUGGAAGUCUGCACGUCAAAUACCCUCAACAAUGGGAAGGAAAGAUUGAGGCGGUGACAAUGUCAGGAAGUGUCAAGCUUCGCGGAAAAGAUGUUGAGGUGUUGAAACGGUGGUCAGGACCUGUGGGAGCCCAUGUCGUUGCCAGAAAAGGAAAGGCUGGCAGUGCCAUCGACCUAAGCACCAGUUCAGGUAGCGUGGAUGCAACGAUAGGUGAAUUAUGA